AUGGCUGCAGUGCAUGCUGAUAAGGGCAUGGAGAUAUGGACAGAACUCCAUGACAGCCUGCAGGAGGUGCACCGCCUUCAGCUGGACUUGAGAGAGAAGGACGACGCCAUUAUGGAAUUGACUGCCAAAAUCGAAACCAUUCAGGAAGAUUCUUGCAGGGAGAGGGAUCGCCUAGCGGCUGAUCAUGAGCGUGAAAUGCUGGCUCUAGAGGCAAAGAUCAAUGCUGAUAUGCAGGCCCUCAAACUAUCUCUCUCCCAACAGGUACCACCUCCGCUUCCACUCCCAUCAAUGAUGCGACAACCUACACCAUUUUUGCAAGCCUCUGAUUGCAUGCAGUCUCUAUCACCAUCUCCUCAACAAUAUCCGCUGCCACCAAAAAACCCAAGCAGUGUGCACAAUCCUCUGCCACUAUGCACAUCUUCGUCAAUGGUGGCAUCUAUAUCAAUCAAUGCACCGAUCCUGCUGCCACCUCUGGGUAAGACAGCGGAGAGGCAACGAGCUAGGAAUAAGGUUGAGGCAAAUCAAGUCGAAGCUGACCGCCGAAGAUUCAAGGCUUCGGGUGAUCGUCCUUUCCACUUGAGUGAAGUUCAGUGGAUUUUUGCAGAGUAUUUCGAUGCUUCUGAAGAUGAGGACUUCAUCAGCAGCCACGUUGCCAUGCCAGUAGAUGUAGUUAAAUCCUAUUUGCAAGGUUUUGGCUCGGGCCCUAACACACAAGAUCUCCACUUCACCACUGAAUCACCGUACAACAAUUCAUGGAAUCACACAAUCUGUUCUCACUUGGCCAGCAUACUGUGUGAGAGACAGAUGAAGGAGCUGUGGCACUUGACAGCCAAGGGAGGUCAGCUAGUUGCAACAGCUUCCGUAGCAUAUUGGGAGAAUGCCUUUCUGGAAAAGUUCAAGUGCAUCCACUCAGGCUGGCUCAAUGUCUGGCCUCUAGUCAUGCAGGAUCAUGUCAUGGGGCAGGCGAGGCAGGAGUCAAGGACCGAGGCUGAUCAGCGGUGA